GGAAGGCGAGCCGGUGGUUUGGGGUCGCGCAGUCGAAAUCCGCCAAGACAAACGUGAAUCUUCUGCACCAGGAGGAGCUGAUAGCGCAGAAAAAGAGGGAAAUCGAGGCCAGGCUUGAGCAGCAGGCGAGGCAGAGCUGCCCGGGCAUCCCUCUGCUCGGAGAAGAUGACGGGACUGAGAGCGAAGCCUGUGUUUCCAACAAGUUUGUGAAUGAUGGCAGUUUCCUCCAGCAGUUUCUCAAGCUGCAGAAGGAAAAGUCAACUACGGAAACUCCCCCGAGUUCUAAGAACUUGGCAACUGCUUCAGCAGUACAUGCUGGGAAGAAGCCUGGGCUGUUUGGGAAGCGGGCCGGGCAGGUCCUGAGCAGCAUGCUGCACCAAGCACGGAGCUCCUCCCAGCCCAAACAGAGCCCAGGCGCCACCCGCCACAGUGUCUUUCAGUCGCCCGAUGAGGAUGAGGAGGAAGAUUAUGAGCAGUGGUUGGAAAUUAAAGUUUUACCCCCAGAGGAUGCGGACACCCGGGCACUGGUGGAAAAGCUGGCUAGGUUCGUGGCUGAAGGGGGACCACGGUUAGAGAAGGUCGCUAUGGAGAGCUACAAGGAUAAACCAGCCUUUUUGUUUUUGCAUGAUAAGAACAGCAGAGAAUUCCUUUACUACAGAAAGAAAGUGGCAGAGAUAAGAAAAGAGAAACAAAAUUUUCGGCCACCCUCUUUUCAGAAAGUUUCACCCCCAGACGACGAAGAGAUAAGGAACUCUGCAGAGAAACUGGCCAGGUUCAUAGCAGCCGGGGGGCCAGAGAUGGAAGCGAUUGCCUUGCAGAACAACAGAGAGAACCAUGCUUUCAGGUUUCUAUAUGAGCCAAACAGCAGAGGCUACAAGUACUACAAGCAGAAGCUGGAGGAGUUCCGGAAGGCCAGGACCAGCCCUGCAAGUGCCCCUUUGCCUGCAGAGCCCAGUCAGAAAAGGAAGAGCAGCCCCGAGACAUCCCCGUCACUUAUGUGCUUACCAGCUUUGCCUUUGCCCCUGCCCUUGCCCUCAUCCUUGCCCUCACCAUCCUCCUCCUCCACAACUGCACCUGAUCAGACAGCUACAACUACUCCAGGCACUAUGAAGAAGAAGCGGAAAAGCAGGUGGGGGCCGGAGGAGGAGAAGGUUGAACUGCCUCUGCCACAGCUUAUCCAGCAGCUGGAGUCUCCCUCCCCUCUCACAGUUCAGGACCUCAAGGGUCUUGGUUAUGAAAAAGGGAAACCAGUUGGUUUGGUGGGUGUGACGGAGCUCUCCGAAGCCCAGAAGAAACAGCUGAAGGAGCAGCAGGAGAUGCAGCAGAUGUAUGAUAUGAUCAUGAAGCACAAGCAAGCCAUGCAGGAGAUGCAGAUGAUGUGGGAAAAGGCAAUCCAGGAGCACCAGUAUGACUAUGACAGUGAUGAAGAGGUGGAUAGUGAGCUGGGGACAUGGGAGCACCAGCUUCGGCGCAUGGAGAUGGAUAAGACACGAGAGUGGGCUGAGCAGCUGACCCAGAUGGGCAGAGGGAAGCAUUUCAUUGGAGACUUUCUUCCACCUGACGAGCUGGAGAAAUUCAUGGAGACAUUCAAGGCACUGAAGGAAGGACGGGAGCCAGAUUAUUCCGAAUACAAGGAGUUCAAACUGACUGUGGAAAAUAUAGGUUAUCAAAUGCUAAUAAAGAUGGGCUGGAAGGAAGGCGAUGGACUCGGCUCGGAUGGACAGGGCAUUAAAAACCCAGUCACAAAGGGAACUGCUGCUGUGGAUGGAGCUGGUUUUGGCAUCGAUCGUCCCGCUGAGCUCACCAAGGAGGAUGAUGAGUACGAGGCAUUCCGUAAGCGAAUGAUGCUCGCCUACCGCUUCCGACCAAAUCCAUUGAACAACCCGCGACGACCUUACUACUGAGGAUGCUUUUGGAGGACAACAUGUUUUCAAAUCCAAUUGUAAUUUUUCUGUGAAAUGUUAUGAAA